CAAUUUUAUAAUGUUAUUUAGGUAUUAAUUUGUAGAAAGAAGAAUAGUGACAUGUGACCUUGACUUUGACAAUUCUGUUUUGUUAUGUGUAGUAAUUUUUAAAGUAUAGAAAUGUUUUUUAAUUCCAAUUUAAUUUUUUUUUUAAAUGUUACUUUCAAGAUUCAGUGUUAAUAACACAGUCCAAAUACACAAAUAUAUCAUUUUGAAUACAUUUUUAGUAUAAUCCUAGAAGUAAAAACCGAAUUGGAGUUAAUUGGUUGUCGCGAUAACAUAGUAGAUUGAGAAAUUUAAUCAUGCAAAUGCUGCCUUUAAUUACACAGAAACUAUGAAUAUAUUUUAUAUGCAAAAACGGAGAUGUUUCAAUAUAGUACUAUGUUUUGGAUUUGCUAUGUUACUGGUAAUCCUUUUCCAAGUUCCAUACGUUCCUAUAAGAAUGUAUCGUCUCUUUUACCCAAGAGAUAGCAUUGUUUGUUAUCGAAUACAAACAGAAUCGCUUCCCGAAGUAACGAACAUAAGUAUAAGAAAAGGAAAAUCAAUUUUCUUUCAUGAAACAUCCUGUAAAUCUUUUUAUAACGACAAAAUAUCUAUUUCAUCUCGACAAGCCUGUGCAGUAGAAAGUGCUGCUCGAACAAAUCCAAAUUAUGAUGUGUAUCUGUUAUUUACUUCACCAGGGAUCUUUAAGUUUGAAGGUGAUGAAUCUGAUAAUAUUUUAAAAGGGCUUUUAUCAUACAAAAAUAUUAAAAUUAUGCAUUUGGAUUAUGAAAAGUAUACUAAAGGAUCCCCUGUCGAGGAUUUGUUUAGUUCUGGCAAAAUAGAAGAUUCAAUUUAUGCCCAGUCUCAUGCCAGUGAUGUACUUAGAUACCUUACCCUAUGGAAAUUUGGCGGCAUAUAUUUAGACUUAGAUGUAAUAGUGACCAAAUCAUUGGAGGAUUUGGCACCGAAUUAUGCUGGAAUUGAAUCAAAUAAGAAUGUUGCUGCAGGAGUUUUGAGUUUUGAUGCAACCGGCAAAGGCCAUGAAAUGGCUGAAAAAUGUGUAAAUGAUCUUAAACAUAAUUUUAAUGGCCACGAUUGGGGGAAUAACGGCCCUGGUGUGAUAACGAGGAAUGAAGAUGAAGAACAGGAAAAUGAGAAAGAACCAAAGGAUAAAAUAUGCAUAAUUUUACAAGAGAUGGGAGUAAAAAUCCCAGUAAAAGAAGAUAUAGAUGAAGUACGAAGGAUGGGCAAGUACAACAUUGAAAGGAAAAGACCAAUAAUUGUGAAACUAAACAGGGAAAGCACAAGAACAAUAAUUUUGCAGAAAACCAGAAGCCUGAAGAGCACAAAUAUAUGGAUUGAUGAAGACUACCCAAAGGAAAUCCAAGAGGAAUGGAGGAAGCUAAUAAUAAAAAUGAAAGAAGCUAGAAAUAAAAGUCAUAAAGCACAAUUAAGAUAUAAUAAAUUAAUAAUAAACGACGAGUUGUACAGGGAGGAAGAUACCGAUCAAAACGAGGAAGGAAAAAAAGGAGGCGAUGGAGGCAGCAGUCAAAAGAGAACUGUAAACGAAAGAUCACCGGAGCAAAACAGAUUUGAUGAACAAAAUUGUUAUCUUAUUCCCUCGUUUUCUCCUAGGGUACCUAUUUUAUACACAUUUCUAAAUUUUAGGUUACUUAAAACUCUUUGUGGUGUACAACUAGCAAAGAAUAUGGUGAAUAAAGAUUGUGGUGGUUUUACCGCAUAUCCUCCCAAUAAAUUUUAUCCUGUGCCUUGGGAAAAAUGGAAGAUGUACUUCGAUGAAAAUUCCACGCAAGCUGUGCUUAAUUUAGCGAAAGAUAGUUUCGCUAUACACGUUUGGAAUAAACAUAGUGAAAGAACAAAACUACCUUUGACAUCGGGUGCGCCUUAUGUUCAUUUUGCUAAAAAAUACUGCCCGAAAGUCAUUGAAGCCUGUCAAGAUUCUUUUUAA